UUCACUAAUUUUCCACUCCAAUCCAAAAACCAAAAAAAAAAAAAAAAACUGUUAACUAAAGUUCAUUCUCCAACUUCUAACUACUCUACUCUGGAACUUUCACUCUUAAUCCACUUCUUCUAUACUUCACUUGUUUCAGAUCAAUCCCUUUUCUCAUCAAUUUCCAUUUCUGGGUUAUUCUCAAAAUUCUCCGGUUCUAGUGUUUUCAAUGAUGCCCGGUAGAAGAAAAAAAUGGACUGAGGCUGAGGAGAGAACUUUGAUUGAUAAGUAUGGUGAAAUGGUUUGUGAUGGGAGUUUAGCUAAGAUGAAAACUAGGGAGAAGAAAUUUAAGCCUAUUGCUUGUUAUGUGAACUCAAUUCAUAAUGUUCAAGAUCCUAUUGCUCAUCCAUGGCAAUGGUCUUGGAAAGAUGUUAGUACUAAGGUUCAGAAUAUGAGGCAUCAGUAUUUGUUGGUUAAGCAGAAGAUUAAGAAACAACCACUUGAGUGUAAUAAUAAUAAUAAUAAUAAUUCAAGUGGUGGUGAAGAGGAGUUUGAUUGGGUUGAGGGGCUUUCACAUUGGUCAAAUUUCUUGAGAUAUAAAGAGGUUUUUGGUGAUGUUGGGGUUGUUAUGUCUAGUAAUGGUGGUAAUGAUUUAAUGGGUGUUGUGAAUGGAGAAGGUGAGAAUGGUGGAGGUUUUGUUGGGCUUGUGGAGUUUGGGCAAAUGGGUCAUUCUGGUGAUGGGGAUUUUGGAGGAGGGAUUGAGAAUGGGGUGAUGAGUUUGGGUUUUGAGUAUGAUGGUGAAGAGGGAGAGGAUAAUUAUAAUGGGAAUAGUCGGGUUCGGGAGGAUGGUGAUGAUGGUUUUGUGUAUGAAGAAAUGGAGCAAAAUGGUAACAAUUUGAUGAGUAAAAAGAAAAGGAAGAAAAAGGUGUUGAAAGGGAUGAUGGGGAGGAAGACUUGGGGGCUUUUGGGAAGCCAGUUGGGGAAGUUGAGGGAAACCGAGAAUAGGUUUGAGCAUCGGGAAGUGGAAAGGGAACGGGAAAGGCAAAGGAGGGAGAGUCUUAGGAUGGAACGUGAGCGAGAAUGGGAACAAAGAUGGAUUGAGAGGGAAAAGAAGAAGGAUGAGAAGGAGAAAUGUUGGGAGAAGUUGCGUAUGCAGAGGAUUCAAGAGUUGGAAGUUAUGGAAAAGGAGAGUGAAGAGAGGGAAAGGAGAAGAAGAGAAGAGGAGUUGAUACAUGAAAGGGAAUGGGAGGAGAGGAUGAAUAGGAGGAGAUUGGAAUGGAAGACAAGGAUUGAUGAGAUGUUGAGUCAACACCGAGCCGAAAUGGGGCAAAUGCAGACUCGAAUUCUUCAUGAGCAGCAAAGCCUUACCAGUCAAUUACUCGGGAUAGUGUCUCAGUGGACUACUCAUCCGGCUGCACUCUCUGAUCAUACGAGCGCCAGCAAUCAUUACCUUUCACAAAUGAUGCAGAAUUUGCACCAUGUGAACAGCUUGGUUCAUGACGAUGCUAGGGUCGAGGCAGAAAAUCAAGAUGACCAGUUUAUCGUCGAUGGAUGAUAGGCAUUGUCCAGGACAAUGAUUUGCUCAAGUAUGCAAGAAAGUUUGCAUUAGAGAAGUAGAAAAGGUCAGCUGAUUGUUAUAUGGAUUCUUAUAUCUAUAUCUAUAUAUUUGUACUUUACAUUUAGAUAAUGUUGUACAAUCUGUUCAGUAUGAAUUGUCUCUAAUAAGGACCAAGAAAAUUUAUUUUAUGCAUUUUUCAUGUAAACCAUAUUAUCUAAUAUGAAUAAUUUUUCCCAAUUUACUAGUUCAGAUAGCAUAGUAU